AUGAGACGUGUUCUUGAGGACAGGCUUCUGAGGAUUUUGAAGGAAGUUGGGUAUGAGGUGGUUGAGAGGAAGGCGCUUGAGGUGUAUGUGACAGGGCUGGAGACGUACAUGCUUGCGUAUCUGAGGACAAUAAGUUCAUUAUCAAGGCACGGGAUGAAGUCGCACUCGACACUGCUUGAUCUGCUGUGUCUGGUUGAUGGCAAGCGAUUUGAUUGUGGAAGCGUUGGAGAGGCAAGAGUUGAGUAUGAGAACGAGGUAGCUGAGGAAGAGGAGAAGUUCAACAGUCCAUUGUCGUCGAGUAUUGAGAAGUACAUACACAUAUAUGAUUUUAUGCCUAGCUUCCCUGCGAUUCAUGCGUUUAGGCAGACGAUCACAAAGCCAAACUGCAAGAGCAACAAGUCGGCAAAUGUGAAGAGCAGGCUGGAGCAGAGUCUACGGGCGGAGGGUAAUCUACUGAAGCUGAUUAAGGCGUCUGAGUCACUUCCGCCAUUUAUCAAUUUUCUGUAUUGA